CGGACGUUUGUGUGUUAGUCCGAUGCCUGCUAGCCAGAUCCCGGCUGUAACACCGGACGGUACCGGGGCUGCAGUGUUUCCUCUGAGCUCUGGUGACCUUUGCAGCUUGAAGCAAACGACACACUGCAUUUUAUUGAUAGGGGAUGGGGAGCAUUCGCGCCAGAGUUUAAUCGCAGCCUUUGAGUGUCAGUGAAUUGACAGUACUAGCUAACAUUAAGGUCGACAGGCGGUUUGACAGUUGUUGUUGUCCCGCUGCUCCGCUGCCGCUGCCGCCAAAUGGAUGUUACAUCUCUGCAUCUCACCUCAUGCAAACUGAUAACUGCAACCAGAAAAAGCAACCAGAGCCACUGAACAAUUAGUGCCCCACUGCCUCAGCUUCUAAAUGGGUGAAUCAGGAUCACGCCGUUCCACACUUGUGUCCCGCCUGCCAAUCUUCCGCCGCAGCAGCAGUAAGAGGCAGGAGUCUCUCCCCUCCUCUCCGUCUUCAGGCGGAGUGGGAAAUGGCGUCCACAGCUCUUCGCCCUCCAGCACCAACUCCAGUUCUGGCAGUACCGGGAAACGCCGGAGCCUUUUCCGCACACCCUCUCUCAGUUUCACAGCUAAACGGAAUAGUGAACCACGUGUCCAGCCUAUCAACCUAAACCUCACGCCUCCGCUGACACAGGGCACCGACGCAAACGGAAAUAACCAGCAGACCAUAACAACGUCAUUGUCAACGGGGUUCAGUGAUGGCGGUGGACGGCCCAAGUCGCGCCACUCAUUUGGGUUUGGCAGCCAUAAGAAGAAAAUCACACGCUCUCAGACAGAGGAUUUUGAUAAACCGCCCUCUUCCUCCACAACUAAUCGAAAUGUAUUUAUAAACUGCAUCAGUGGCUCAGGGGCCAAUGAGGGCGACGACUCCGGGUUCCUGGAUGACUACAGCGGUGGCAGUAAUAACAAACGAUCAUCACGCCAGAAGAAACAGCUGAUGCCCAAAUCUUUCUCAUCUCACCACCGCUUCUCCCGGACCUCCGAUCACCCCAGACCUCCAGAAGUAAAUCUGGAACCCCCAAGCUCCACAACCAUCACUCCAGGGGCAGGAGGACUCACCCCGGGGUCAUGGCCAGGCGAGCUGCUUGGUGCCGGUGGUGAGAGCUCACUGCAGUCCCCUAUGAUAUCAGAAGACCGAACCACAGCCAUCACCCCUUCAGAGUUCAUCCCCAUCACGGAGGAUUCUGUAUCCGAGGUGGAUGCUCUGCCAGCUCCUAGCCCCGGGUCUGGUUUAGCCCCAGGAUCUGCAUCUCUGCCUGGGCUGGCAGCUGACGCAGCUCCGCCUAACCCCCCACCUGCUCCAGAAAACUUCAGUGUUGCUGUCUCUACCUCCCAGGUUUUCUUCACUCCAGCCCAGUCUACUACUGAAAAACCUUUACUCCCUGACACCAGCACAGCCAACAACACAGACUAUGAGACUGCCAUUUCCCUUUCCGAGCCCGAAACAGCUGUACCCUGCCUACCGCUGCAGGAACAAUCGCUGGAAGAGAGGACGGAGAGGGAGGAGGAGAGAAAGGAAGCGAGGGAAGAUGUGUCAGCGGAGCAGAGGAAGGAGUUGGUGGAGGAAAGGAAGGCAGGUUACCACACAGAGACCACAAGUGAGAGCGAGGCAUGUGUGGUACGCAGCGAGGGCUGUCACUCUAACCCGGAGCAAUCGGAAAGGAGGCCAAGAAACACGCUGUCUGCUCAAGAAAGAGGAAACUUCUGUGGCUGCCACGAACCCAGGUCCUCUCACUUAAGGAAACCACAUGCAGCCUCUCUGUGCAGCAGUGUCAGCCCCUAUCAUGAGGUGAUGCGGAUGGAAAGGCGUCUGCGCUCCUCGUCUGAGGGGGCUGGUGGGCCUCGUAUCCAUGGAAACCACAGAGAUGCCCCAGGCAUGGAGGGAUGUGGUCUGCUCAAACACAGAAACAACUCCUCAUCAUCCAAACUGGGAAGCCUGGAUGUUUUAAACAACCUGGGUUCCUCAGAGCUGGAUGAAGACGAUCUUAUGUUAGACCUGGACCUCUCUGACGAUCAGCGACAUCGACACGUGUCCAGAGAAGACUCCAGCCAGUCCCUGGCCUCCUGUCUCAACCUGCUCCCAUCCCCCAUGGACCCGUCAGGAGAUCGCAUUCCAGGAAAAGAAAACAAUCAGAGGGAGCCCAGCCGUCCGACAAGCCUGCUGCCUGCUGACUGGAGUGCAGGCCCGUGUUUAGGGAGGGAGGAUGAGCCCCAUCCUCCAGGCCUGGAGACCCUUCCACUCAGACUGAUGCAGCAGGACUGUACUGCUGUCAAAACCCUGCUUUUAAGACUGAGACGGACACUGCAGGAGAGCACAGAGACGAGUCCGGCCAGCAGCCUCCAGUCACUACCCAUUAGCCCUUGCAGUGAAAAGUCCCUUCCAUUUAAGGAUCCUGGCAGAGAGGAGGCCCUGCUGCAACAACUGAGAGAAAAAGACGACGUGAUUCUCAGACUCCAGAGUGAACUGGAGAGUGCCAAAGCUGCCCUGAAGAUGAAAGACUGCCAAAUGACUGACCGCACAACACAGACAGAACACAUGGGGCCAGAGGCCAGUCAUCCAGGCCGGUGGUCAGGACUAGGCAGCAGCAGCCUGGCACCAAGGGAACGAAGGGUAGCGCGGGGUGUGGGGGCAGCACACGGAGGGGACCUCUCUAACCAGCACCUCCCCCACCACUAUCCACCUCUGCAUGGCCGGCCUCCAGCCUCUGAACGACACACUGCCAGGGAGGAGCGACGCUGCCAGGGGGUCUUGGCACAGUCCACAGCCCAUAACCCUGUUCCAAAUCUGGCUCAGGGCUCCUCCAACCUGUCCUCUGCCACUUCUGCAGCGUCAGCCCACGCCUCACCUACUACUCCAGCCCAGCUUCAAGUUUCACAUCCGGGCCUCAGUCCAAAUCAAUGCCCAGGCUCCGGAUCGGCUGCUGCUAAUCACACCGCAAUCCCGUCACUGUCCUCCAGGCAGCCAGAGGGCAUGUCCUCCUCUUCUGAGUCCUUAACUCCGGGAGGAGGAGGUGGAGUGAGUCUGUCAGGUGGGGUAAGGAGAGGCGGAGGAGGAGAGCACCACCCCCCGAGCCAUAUCCCUCGUGCAGUCGGGACCAGCGCCUCCUCAAGCCUCCACAGUCUUGCAAGCAGAGGGAGCCCCUCCCCAAGCAUCUCAUCGUCCGUCCCAGCCUCCCCUCCACCUCCUACUGCUUCCUCAGCCUCCUCUUCCUCCUCUUCCUCCUCCACGUUUACGGGUCGCUUAGGGCAACCACCUCGAGGCCCUCUGUCUCUGCAUAGCUACAGUCGUAAAAAUGUCUUCCUCCAACAUUCCCUACAUACCUCUGAGCUGCAGGCUCUGACUCAGAGAGACAGUUGAGGGCACACAAACAUUUACACCAUCCUGACCAUAAGAUGGGUGACUUUAUCAAAAAAAAAAAAAAUCUGCUGCUCAUAUUUCACUGUCUCAAUCCCCCAGAGCCAUCAACCACAUGCACUUACAAUCACAUGUCACUCUUUACAGUCCGGAACAACCCUUUGCUGACAUUUGUUCAUGGAUUUGCUUGCUUAAACACGCACUCAAAUGUCAGGUCACAACACACACACACACAUAUCAGGCUGCGAGUAUGAAAAAGGCACUCACCCGUCUAUCAGAACUCCCACGCCGUGUCAUGCUGGCAGUUUAGAUGUGCUUACGCCCACAGACGCACACAGUGCACAUAGACUCACAGCCUCAUAUCCGUGCACACAUUCACACACACACUUAAAUACACAACAGAGACAUCAUCUGCCUCACAAUCUAACAGGGCGUUAAAACUGAAUGAGAGAUGAGGUCUGUAUUUGCGUGUGCAUCGUUAAAGAUGUAUUUUUUUUAUCCAUUCAUUUGAUCAUUUUUACAUAUUAAAACAACGUGCUGCUUAAGGAACUAUGGGACUGACCAUAAUCAGCGCUCACGAGGAUGUAUUCUCCCAUUGCCAAAUCCUACAUCAGAUGAAUUCCUCGUUCCUUGAUAUCCACUGACAGAAGUCCAGAUGAAAUGACAUGUUUAGAUGAACAUCCACGGCCCUUUUACUGCAUGCUUUUUGAAAAUUAAGGAAAAUACAGGUGAGCAUUUUCUACUGCAGCAGAAGCUGGAUUUGGGUGUCUUUUAAUAACAUUUCAUUAUCCAACUCUCACCUUAGUGUUUCAAUAAGGGAAUCAAACAUGCCCCAACCUCCUAUGAAGUGAGCGUGUUUGUAGAGUAGUGAAGGUCUAUCCUUCUGCUCACACUUUUGGCUUAAUACUGCACCACAGUUUUUUUGUAGAAACACAAUGUUGCAAUAUUAGCCACAUUAUACACAAGAAUUAAUCUUAAUCUGCAAUGUUAGAUUAGUACAGUACAGAUGUUGACAAAAUUACACUUAAGUAACUAGCACUACUGAACCCUGACAAUACAACACAGACAAUAAUAUUGACCAGAACAAGCAUUAUAUGUUUUUUUUUUCCAAAAUGGGAGAGGAGGGAAAUCAAGUUUUGGAAUGAAGGCCUUCAGAUCAUUAGGGCUGGGUAUUGGACAGGGAUACCUACUGGUGCUUUGCUAAGUGACAGUGUCAGUUUGUUUUUUUAGGAUUCAAAAUGAAAAAUGUUUCUAAUGCUGGCUUUACAGUUGGCUGACACAUUUUCUAUGACAAUUUUACUGAAGCAAUCAACUGAGAAAAGUCUGAUUCUAUUUAGGGUAGCAAAUGACAGAACCGAUAUUGCACACAAAGUUGUUUACUUGGUCGACUAAUGACAAGAAAGAAAGAGAAAACAUGAUUUUCCAAACAAUUUAUAAAAGCAUCAGAACUGUUUUUGUUUGUUUGUUUGUUUUUAACCAAUACCCAGUCCUUAUAUGUUAGUCUUCUUUUAUCUUGCUGAUCUCAGAUGUGUUUGGUAACGAGAUGGCAUGUGGGAUAAUAAGGCUAGCAAAUAUGUUGUUUUGGACAGUAGGACACGUACCUUUUGAGUGAGAUUUACAUAACUGCCGUGAUCUGCUGAGUCGUACAACACUAUUCACACUAUGGGGACAAAACGUGUCACAAUUUAAUACCGACAUACCCACCUUUUUUCUUUCUUUCUUUCUUUUUUUUUUUUUAACAUCUGUGAACAACUGGACUGCCUAAAAACCUGUUCAGUCUGCCACUGUGGCAUAUAUUUGCUCUUUUGAACUGACUAGACUGUUGAACAGUCCCCCCCGCCCCCACUCCCCUACAGAGUUUGGGGUAAACAAAUCGUAUAACGUCACCCAGGAGGUGGGAGCCUGCCCUGCUGCUGAGUACAGGCCAGAAGUUCUCAGCUCCCGGCAUCGACAGAAAAUGUUAGAUUUUGGAGAAGUUGUUGACCUUGUCUGUUUCUAAACGUCACCUGGCUGUAGGGAAGUUGUAUAAAUUGCGUGUGUGUUGUAAUGCACACCUCAUGAGGCAAGGACCUGGUAGAGGUGAAGAAAAGCCUGAAGGAAUACAGCUCUACUCUCACUGUUGGAAGCUACAACUCUCCCUCUGGUCUUCACUAUUUCCUAUCGUUUUAUGACCCUUUCUUUCUGCCCUUAUUUCUUUCUCCACCCUAUUUUCUCCUUUUUCCAUCUAUCCACUCAUUAUUCCCCUUCAGUCUCUCCUUUUACGUUUCUCUCCCUAUGUCCCCCAGCAAUUAGUUAUCUACCUUCCCCCUCUGCCUCUCCUUCCUUCCAUCUCUCUCCCCUGCUUAGCUUACUUACCCACAGCUUAUAUUGUCAUACAGUGUAUCUAUCACAGACUCUGUUGCGGUGGCUGUCAGUCCUGGGCAUUGGGACCUGCGGUACUUCCGAUUUUCAUUCCAGCUGUCUAACCAGGGAAUAAUUUUACACCUGGUGAAUGCAAUUACCUACCUGGCAGGGUAGACGGCCAGCAGUAAUGUGGCUCCCGAGGACCUGGACUGAGAACCGCAGCUGUAAUGUGAACUAAACAUUCCCUGCUUGGUUUGUUUACAGGUGGAGGGUAACAAUGCUUUGUCGCUGGGUGACCUCUUAAGAUCUGCUAUUUACAUUCCUCAUCAUUGCAUGCAUCAUAAUGUAGAUGACACCAUGUGAAAUGCCAUAAGGGAGCACUUGGCCCUGUUUGUGCUGCCCACUCACACAUUUUUUUUUUCUCACCGUGUUUUAAACUGCUGUGUCUCAUUUCAGCUGUGUUCAAAUUAGAAAACCACCAAGGUGGGUUGCUGGUUAUAUCACAUAUCAUGAAAGGAAAAAGCCCCAUCUGAGAUGGCAGUUUAAGUGUGGCACUGAGGUCUUUUAAAGACAUUUUUCCCUUUCAAAUUGUGAACUGAUAUUGAAUUUCACUGCUGGGAAACAAGCGUCUACAAUCAUGAAGUGGGCACACCUCACAAACCUCACUUAGCAGCAUGUUACGACACCACAUUUAAUUUGUUGGCAAGUUAUUUAUUAUUUUCUUUGCCUUAUUUAUAUUUAUGGCCAUAGAACCAGUUUCCUGAAAGCAUCUUGGCACUAAUAAAGAUAGGAGUCAUGAAAAAAAAUCAUGAUGGAAAUGAUGAUGAUAAUAAUCAUUAUCAUUAUUAUCAUAAUUUUAAUGAAUCACAGAUAUUAUAAUGUCCUAGCUUUUUAAUGUGCUUAUUGUAAUUACGUUUUUUUUCCUUUGUGAAUUGCUGUAAUAAUGAAAUUGAACUGUAUAAUUGUACAUAAAUUAUUAUAACUGUUGAUGUUCACUGUUUAUGAACGUGAACGUUUCGUGCUCAUGUAAAAGACACUUAAGAAUGGGGUUCGCAUAUUGUUUGUCGGCACAUGACGCAGUAAAACACAACAAAAAUGGGAAGAUUUUGUUGACAAAUGUCAAAUGCAGUCGGAGGUCUGAGCUGUUACCAGAGCGUUUCAGGCCAUAGUUACACAUCAGAAAACAAAUCUGACAAACUUGCUAAAUUUUACCUGUAAAAACUUGCUCAUAAGUGUAGGCCCGCUGUUUCAACUUUCCUCUUUGAAAUCCAGCCUUUGCACUAUGACUGCUCAAGAGGACUUUGCAAACUUUAGCCUAACUGUGUCAGAAAAGUAGAUGAUUAAAGCUGCUUUUUUCAGUUCAGGAUGAAGUCUGUGUCAAAGGAUAUAAACUGUUGGGUAGACUCAGACUGUGAGUCUCUGACCUGAUGGCCCGUAGAUUCAUUAGGUAUAAUCUGCCACUAAUGUAGAUGAGAAAAAAUCUUCCUUCAUAGAGUUUUUCAAUUUACAUGGUCCGUGUAAACAGUUUGAACUGUUUGAUGGGCUUAUCUAUGGUCAAAAAAACCUUGCAGUGUGUGUUUACCCAAAGUAUUUCUCUUCACUUUCUGUCCAAGAUAGUUUUUGUCACUCACACAGUUGUUUGUUCACAAGAGAAAUGUUUUAUCGAAAAGAUUUUUGUCCACUCUCUCCUUUAUUGUUAAUAUUUAAUACAAAUAAAAUUGAUUUCCCAUCACUAA